AUGAAACUCAAGUCGGCCUAUCGCAGCGAGCACACCGGCGUUACCCACGUCUACUUUAGACAGAUGGUUAACGGACUCGAGGUUGUGAACGGCAAUGCCAACGUCAACAUUGACAAGCACGGUCGCGUCAUCUCAUCCGGAAACUCAUUUUCCUCUUCGUACUCAGUCACCAAGCCCUCGCGCACGUUUGGGCCCCGCGGUGUCAAGACAUCGUACAUCUCAGUCAAGGAGGCGCUUGAGCGCCUGUCCCACUACAUCAAGGACGACCUCCUGCCCCACCAGCUUUCAGCCGUGGAAAUUGAACCGUCGAUGAACCUCGAAGGCGAGCCUGAAAUCGCACUGAGCGGUCUUCCCACCAGCUUCUCAGUUGACGGCAAGGUCUCUGCGCAGGCUGCGCUACUCAGGCUUGACGACGGUUCACUCAUCGAGACAUGGGACAUGACAGUUGAGCAGGAGGACCACUGGUGGAAUGCGCAGAUAAACGCGCGCACCGGCAAGGUCGACGCUUUGGUUGACUGGAACAACCAGUUCACGGCCGAGCCCGAGGCAUACCGCGUCUACCCCUGGCAAGUGCCCGACCCAUCACUGGGCGAGCGCGUGCUUUUAGAGAACCCCGCUCACCCCAAGGCCAGUCCGAAGGGAUGGUCGAGCCACAACCAGACGUCGGGAAACAACGUGUUCGCACAGUCCAAUCCCGACGGCGGCCGCAGCUGGCAAAACAACUUUAGGCCGACUUCAGAGGACCGUGUGUUUGACUAUGACCUCGACCUGAAGAAGCAGCCUUCGUCGUACAUUGAGGCUGCUGUGACGCAGCUGUUCUACACGAACAACUUUAUGCACGACCUGUUCUACCUCUACGGGUUUGACGAGGCCUCUGGCAAUUUCCAGGACGAGAACUUUAGUGGCAAGGGCCGUGGCAACGAUGCGGUUAUCGCCAACGCUCAGGAUGGCAGCGGUUUCAAUAACGCCAACUUUGCGACCCCACCCGAUGGCAGACACCCCAAGAUGCGCAUGUACGUCUGGGAUUUGACGCAGCCCUACCGCGAUGGAGAUCUGGAGCAGGGCAUUGUUGUGCACGAGUAUACGCACGGAAUCAGCAUCCGCCUGACUGGUGGCCCGGCCAACUCGAACUGCCUGUCGUACGGCGAGUCGGGGGGCAUGGGCGAGGGCUGGGGUGACAUCUUUGCGACCAUCAUCCGGCUGACCGCCAAUAGCUCCCGCAGCGACGACAUUCCGAUGGGCGAGUACUCAGCAGCGCGCGGAAUCCGCAAAUUCCCUUACUCGACCGAUCUGAAGACCAACCCGUCGACCUACGGCAUCCUGAAUGGUCCCGCAUACUGGGAGGUGCAUGCCAAGGGCGAGGUGUGGGCCGAGAUCUACUACGAGGUGCUGUGGAAUCUUAUUGAUGCACAUGGGUUCUCUGACGACCUUUUCAGCCAUGAUCUCACCAAGGGCAAUGUCCUGGCUCUACAGCUGCUGGUCGACGGCAUGAAGCUUCAGCCGUGCAUGCCGAACUUUAUCGAUGCCCGCGAUGCAAUUUUGCUGGCUGAUCGCCAGUUGACUGGAGGCGAAAACCAGUGCCACAUUUGGAAGGGUUUUUCCAAGCGUGGUCUCGGCGUUGAUGCCGAGCUGCUCUUUGACUCGCCGUGGGGCGGAGGCUCGCGUACCGAGGACUUUAAGCUUCCUAAGGAGUGCAAGUAA